AUGGCCGGCCCUACUGCUCCAGCCCGAAGGGGAAGAAGUGUGCUCGAGCAGUCCCGGCACUUACUCCCCACCCCGCCCCUCUCACCCCCGCCCUCCGACAUAGAGGCUAUCAAGAAGAUGGUUGACGAGCUGGUGGGACUAGCAGACCCCCAGAAGAAAGGGACAGCCAGAGGCAUGGGACAGAGCCUGCUAGCAGCCGUCCGGAAAAUGUACGAUGCGUCUCAGUCACAGACUGGGAACAUCUCGCUUGCCAACCUCCGAAAGGUGGUGGCCGAGGAAGUGAAGGCAGCCGUUAAUGGAGCCGGGACCCAGGACAAAAGAACCUGGGCCGCAGUGGCCGCUCACAGGGCUGUCCCCCCUCAGUUACAACCCAACACCCCGACAAAGAUAGUGCCGACCUGCAUAAAUAAGGAGAUCCUAGUCAGAGGCAGAGGAAUGCCAGCCGACCUCGCGAAGCGCACCCCGCAAGAAACCAUCCAGGCGGUCAACCAAGUGUCAGUCAGGAAGCGAGCAGUCGCAGCCCGAAGGCUCCCCAGCGGCGACACAAUCGUCACAUUCCAGAGCGUAGGGGCAAGAGACUGGCACUCGACGAACACCAACUGGGUCAAGGAGGCUUUUGGAGAGCAGGCCGAAGAGAGCAAGCGAACCUUUGCAGUGCUGCUGAAAGGCGUAUGGAAGAAGAACCUCCAAGGGGUCACCGAGGAGGAGUUCGGAAAGGAGACUGGCCUCCGCACAGUCGAUAAAGUGAAGUUUAGAGUGCCGAGACACAGGGAGGCGACCCGGGCAACGGUGCUGGUCGCUUUAACCUCCCAGGAGGAAGCACGCAAGGCGUGUGACGAGGGAGUGAUCUGGAGGGCUCAGCUACUGGACUGCGAGCCUUACUGGGCUGCCCUCAGCGACUCCAUUGUGCCCGCGUUGCGGGGACAAAGGCCCAUGGAGAGGGCGGCAGGGAAGGCGAGGCCCAGUGCCCUACUCACAAAAAACGAAAUUCCGAUACGGUGCCCGGCCUGCGGAGGAAGACAUCCGGCGUGGUCAGGAGAGUGCCCGGAGAAGUCGAAGGUCCUCGCGAAGGCCAAGGAGGCCUACCAAUUCCGACCACGGACAUACGAGACCGCAACCACGAUCCCUGCCAUCGCGACUCACACGAGCGCCCCCACGUUCAGCUUCGGCGCUGAAGAGAGGGAGGACGACAGCUACCAGGUGGUAGGCAGGAAGAGGCUGAGAGGAAGACCGACGAAUGUGGCUGCAGCCCAACGUCAGGCUCUCUUAGACCCCCAGCAGACCAGGAUCAACUUCGAGGCGCCGAGGGUGCGAUUCGCAAGCCCGGUAGUCAGCGGAAACAAGCAAACACUGGAAGUCUUGCUGGAAGAGGCCAAAUAUGACCUCUUGGCGGUGCAAGAACCGUGGAUCAACAAGGCGACAAAAUCCACAUACUGCCCCCGGAGCAGCAGAUACCACCUGGUACAUAAGCUCGAGGGGCGGGCGGCAAUAUAUGUAAGCAAAAGAUUUGAAAUCAGGCAGUGGGACUCCGAAGCCACGGAGAAUUGGUGCCGCGUGUGGUUCCCAGAGGCGGACCUCGGAGGGGAAAGCCGCGGAUUCGAGCUUUGGUCCGUAUACAACCCCCCCGCCGGCGAGAACGUACCGAGAGCCCUCCAAGGGCGGCCAAGACCAAGCCACCCGGUGGUUUUGGCAGGAGACUUCAACCUAAAGAACCCACUGUGGGACGGGUUCGGACGCUACGACAGGAAAUCUGAAGACCUAUUGCAGCUGGGUUCCCUGUGGGACCUCACCAUCAGGACUCCAAGGGGAGCGACAACGCGAGCUCCCCAGGGGCGACAGCGAGGCCGCCCGUCAACCAUCGACCACUUCUGGACUUCGGAAAACCUCCAAACAGUAUACUACGGGGAAGAGUGUCGUGGAAAGUCAGACCACUACCCACAAGUGCUCGAGGUCGGGGAAGGGCAUGGGCCGAGGCCAACCCAACCGGAUGGCUGGGCCUGGAAGAAGAUGGACAGGGAGAGGGUGAAGGCUGAAUCAGAGUUGCUAUGCAAGGUCAUGGGGCUCGCGGACCCGGGACCGGACGGACUACCGGCCAAAACCCGGACAGUCGAGGGUCUUGACAAAGCUUUCGAUAGUCUGGUCGAGUGGCUCACCUGGGUCGCGAAGGAAAGCACUCCACGGAAGAAGGCGAGCUGCGGCUACAGCUCCCCCUGGUGGACUGUGGAAGUGCAGCAGGCCGCCCGGGAGGCCAGAAGGGCCGAGAGGCUGGCGAAGGAGACCCGGGCAGAGUACUGCUGGGAGGAGCUUAGCGAAAGACUCAAGGACCUUGCUAGAACAACGCGCGAAGCGCGGACUAGGGCUUGGAGGAACAGCCUACAGGAAGCAAGCGAGGCAAAGAAGCCCGAUCAGAUGUGGAGCUUGGAAAGAUGGGCUAGGUUGCGGAGCUUUUUGCCGCCAGAACCACCGAGGCUGCCGGAAUUUAAGGACUCUUCCGGACAGGUAACGGCCGAAACGCACGACCAGAAGGCCAGCGCGCUGGCUGAGAGGUUCUUCCCGGACCCACCGGCCAACCUGACGGACGUGGAAGACCAAGCCUUUUUGGGCAGCUGGAACCCGGGCUUCGACGUCGUACAGGCAGUGACGCCGAUCGAGAUCACGGAGGCGAUGGGAAGAGCAAGCCCCUGGAAGGCGCCAGGCGAGGAUUUGCUCCCGAUGGGCCUUCUGAAGGCGUGCGGAGCACCGUUAGCUGAAGUGCUGGCCCUUCUGGCGACAAGGUGCCUGGAGCUAGCAUGGUUCCCGAGCCGUUUCAAGAGGGCGAAGACUGUAGUACUACCGAAACCAGGAAAGGCUCCGCCGGCGUAUCAGACCCCGGGGGGAUACAGGCCCAUUGCUCUGUUGCCAACCCUGGGGAAGGUAAUAGAGUCAGUGGUCGCCAGGAAGGUCACUCAAGCUGCAGAAGUCAACGGCCUCCUACCAGAUGAACAAAUGGGGAACAGGGCACACCGCUCUACAGAGCUGGCUGUCCGGCUAGUAGUAGCUCAGGUCCAGGAGGCGUGGAGACAGAAGGGUGCGGCAUCCCUAUUGCAACUGGACAUCUCAGGAGCCUUUGACACGGUCAACCAUACCCGACUGCUAGCAACUUUGCGAGAAAUGGGCUUCCCGAGGUGGCUGGUCCUCUGGACGAGAGAUUGGUUGACCGGUCGAGAGGCCACCCUUCUUUUCGACGGCAAGACGGCGGCGCCGACGGCAAUUCGGGCAGGGGUCCCCCAAGGCUCACCCCUUUCCCCUGUUCUCUUCAUCCUCUACAUUUCCUCAUUAUACAGGCAGCUAAAAGACGAGCACCCUCACUUGGCUAUAACAGGGUUUGCGGAUGACACCAACCUUCUAGUAUUUGGUCGAAACCCCGAAGCCCAUGUCCGGCAACUAGAGGCGGCGUGGGAAACGUGUAUACGAUGGGCGGACAGUCGGGGGAUGAAGUUCGCCCCGGAAAAGAGCGAACUGAUCCAUUUCAACAAAGGGCGACGGCAGUGGACCGAACAAGUAAACCUUGCCAACCCAGGGGGAGGCACCAGCCCCGUUAAACCAGAAGGGUCUGCCAGGUUCCUGGGAGUCUGGUUGGACUGGAAACUCAACUGGAAGGCCCACCUGGUGGCGGUGGAGAAGAAGCUGAGGACCCAGAGCUAUGCCCUGUCGAGGAUCGUGGCAAAGACAUGGGGGAUGGGGCUAGCCAAAGCGCGAGAAGUGUACACAAAGUGCAUCCGGUCGGCGCUGGCCUAUGGCGCAUCAUCGUUUCACAUCCCCACGGAUGUGGGAGGCGAGCCGGCAAAGAAAGGCAUCACUAAGGCCCUCGGGAAGGCCCAGAACAAGAGCUUGCGGAUUGUGGCGGGAGCCUUUAAGUCUACCCCCAUCCGUAACCUCGAGACAGAGACAUGGGUACCACCAUUGGACUUGUACCUAAACAAACGGCUUGCAGAUUUCGAAAACCGACUCCAACGACCCGAUCUGGACGACGGUCGAGGCGGCAAGAAGACGGCGGCGAGCGUUGUCCUCACCGCCUGCCGCAAGAUACAGCAGAGACUUAGCUCGAGGAGGGGCAACAAGGGCCGACCGCGAACCUUGGGACCUCAAGGGCCUACGGCGGUGGAGAGAGCCGCGGGAACGGUCAUGCGCUGGACGGGGGGAACCGUUGAUACGAACAGGGUAGUAGAAGAGGCUUGGAAAGCGAGGUGGUUAAAGGAACGGGACGGCAGGGCAAUCACCAGGCCGGCGGACGACUUUGACCAUCAGCAGGAGACGCUAUUCCGGAACGAAACCCUGAGGAGGCACGACGGUCUCAGCAAGGCAAAGAGCUCACUGCUGAUUCAAAUCCGGACGGGAGCAAUAGGCUUACGGGACUUCUUGUUUACACGGGGAGUCCCGGAGGUUCUGACUCCUGCCUGCGAGUGUGGCGAGGGACGAGAGACUGCCGAACACCUGGUAGUGUGGUGUUUGGCCCCACCGUUGACUAGAAGAUGGGAGAGAACUGGAAUUCGGACACGACGGGACUUUUACUCUGUUCUACACGGCAUCAAUCCCACGACUGCACGGCUCGCGAGGAGAGUUCUCGACUGGCUGAUGGACUCGGGGAAGCUGCCGAUGUACAACUUAGCCAGGAGGCUCGAGCUGGAAGCGGCGGCCUGA